UAUUUAUCUGUAAGUGAGCUGUUGGGGAAGGAAUUAAAUACAGAGACACUGUCUGCUUGCUGCCUUAAGACAGCGAAGCUGAAUUGCUGAUUUGCUUUAACUUUUAAAAUACCCAGCUUAGUUUAUUUUUCUUGGAAUCAUUGUAUUGCUAAGACUGGGGACGCUGUUUUCUUUCACAAAGGGAAUCUAAGUUCAUUUCAAGGCAUUCGAAAUGGGGAAAGACUAUUAUUGCAUUUUGGGAAUUGAAAAAGGAGCUUCAGAUGAAGAUAUUAAAAAGGCUUACCGAAAACAAGCCCUAAGAUUUCAUCCGGACAAGAACAAAUCUCCUCAGGCAGAGGAAAAAUUUAAAGAGGUCGCAGAAGCUUAUGAAGUAUUGAGUGAUCCUAAAAAGAGAGAAAUAUAUGAUCAGUUUGGGGAGGAAGGGUUGAAAGGAGGAGCAGGAGGUACUGAUGGACAAGGAGGUACCUUCCGGUACACCUUUCAUGGCGAUCCUCAUGCCACAUUUGCAGCAUUUUUCGGAGGUUCCAACCCCUUUGAAAUUUUCUUUGGAAGACGGAUGGGUGGUGGUAGAGAUUCUGAUGAAAUGGAAGUAGAUGGAGAUCCUUUUAGCGCCUUUGGAUUCAGCAUGAAUGGAUAUCCAAGAGACAGGAAUUCUGUCGGGCCAUCCCGCCUUAAACAAGAUCCUCCAGUUAUUCAUGAACUUAGAGUAUCACUUGAAGAAAUAUAUAGUGGUUGUACCAAACGGAUGAAGAUUUCUCGAAAAAGGUUAAACCCUGAUGGAAGGAGUUAUAGAACUGAGGACAAAAUUCUCACCAUCGAGAUAAAAAAAGGGUGGAAAGAAGGUACCAAAAUUACUUUUCCAAGGGAAGGAGAUGAAACACCAACUAGUAUUCCAGCAGACAUUGUUUUUGUCAUUAAAGAUAAAGAUCACCCAAAAUUCAAAAGGGAUGGAUCAAAUAUAAUUUAUACUGCUAGAAUUAGUUUACGAGAGGCAUUGUGUGGCUGUUCAUUUAAUGUGCCAACAAUGGAUGGAAGAACCAUACCUAUGACAAUAAAUGAUAUUGUGAAACCUGGAAUGAGGCGAAGAAUUAUCGGAUAUGGGCUACCGUUUCCAAAAAAUCCUGAGCAACGUGGUGACCUUCUAAUAGAAUUUGAGGUGUCCUUCCCAGAUACUAUAUCCUCAUCAUCCAAAGAAGUACUUAGGAAACAUCUUCCUGCCUCAUAGAAUGAAAAACUUUGUUACCCAUAUUUUGAUAAGGCACUGAAAACAUAAAAGGACUGGCCAUUUACUGAUGUAGAUGUGAAUUCUGUAUAAAGACAUGUAAAUUAUUUGGAGGGUUCAUUAAAUUGCAUGAAUAGAGACGGGUCAAAUAAAAAGGCAAAAGGGAUUUUUACAGUUAGAGAAGAAGAGAAAACCAUUCACUGUAUUUUAUUUCAUUUCUCCCAAAUCAGAAAAUUUUAGUAUUUUGCUUACAUGUAAAACUUGUUUCUGUGGAGUUAGUAGAUAUAUUUCUAAUAAAGUACUAGGAUAUCCAAGUACUUUAUUUCUUAUAUCUUUACAAUUAUCAGUAUGAUAGGUUCUCAUUUAUAAUGGAAAUUUAAAUUCUUAACGAAACUAUACAUGUGAUAGGUACUUCUAGAAAAUAAAAACCCAAGUCACUUGGAAGUCUGGUUAACUAGAUUAAAGUCACCAUAUGAAAUGCUGCUAUAGGGCUGGUACCCAUAAAAGAAUAUCCUAAUACAUAUGUUUCACCAUUUUGAUUUUUAAAGUAUGCUGUAGCAUUUCUUAAUAACAUAGUUGUAAUGGUCUUAAGGCAGACCUUUUCUUCAUAAAAUUUAUCUCCUGUGGAAAUCCCAAUUGGCCUGAAUUACUGAUAUUUUAGAAAUAGGUUGUUUUUAAAAUGCCAUAUAUAAUUUUAUGCAAGUUGACUAUAUAUCUUGGACUUAAUAAAUUAUAGGUACAUUUUAUUGUCCACUAGUUAAAAAUAAUUUGUUUGAUAAUAAAUGUGUUUUUAGAGGAAAUAUUGUUACUUGGAAUUAAUUUUCCAAUUACACAGCCUUCUAUAACUUACUCAUAAUAUGCUAUAUGUACCAUAUGCAAUUUCCCUAAAAAGAAUAAACUACCACUAUGGUGUUAAACCAAAAUAUGGGGAAAAUAAACACUAACUGCUGCUUA